GUCAUGGCCGACCAGUCUGUUAGGAUGGUGACAGCCAUCGUGUUGCACAGUGUCUUCUUCCUCUCAGGUUCUUCUGCUGCUUGUUCUGAGGUUUCAGCUCUAUUCAUCACUGCACCAAAAGAGAUGGAAGCACUGACUGGAUCUUGUUUGCAAAUUCCAUGUAACUUCAGCGCUAAAUCAGAAGAGGAAUUCAACAGCGCAACAACAACAUUUGGAGUGUGGAUCAAAAUUGACUCUCGCUUUGGCCUUUAUCCAAAUAAUGUGAUUUUCAACAGUAGCAGGACAGUUACCACAUAUCCGAUGAAUUUUACCGGAAACUUGAGUCAGAAAAACUGCUCCACUUUAUUUUCCAGUUUAAACACAACAUACACAGACACAUACUACUUCAGGGUUGAGAACCGGCCAUUUCUAGCAACAGCUGCUUGUGAUCCUCUUCAAAUAACAGUUAACGAUUCUCCUCCAAAGCCCAGGAUUGAGAUCUCAGGUGCUGUGAAGGAGAAGGAGUCUGUCUCUAUAAGCUGCUCAGCUUCCACUCCCUGUCCACACUCUCCUCCUCAACUCACCUGGAACCUCCAACCAGACUCUCACCACAUGAUGGAGGAAAACACAGAUCGAACCUUCACAACUAGAAUACAGAAGAGCGUCACUCUGUCACAUGAACAUGAUGGAUUCAUCAUCAGCUGUUCUGCCAGAUAUCCUGUGAAUGAAGGAAAAGAUGUAAAGACGUCAGAGGAGAGAAAGACUCUCAAUGUU